AUGGAAUUAGAGCAAAACCAAGUACUAACCAGAUGGGAAGGCUACGUGAACUGGAGGAACAAGCCUGCUCUUAGAGGCUGUCAUGGUGGCAUGCUUGCAGCCACCUUCGUUUUGGUGGUGGAGAUAUUGGAGAGUAUGGCAUUUGUAGCCAAUGCAAGCAAUUUGGUGCUGUAUAUGAGUCGGUUCAUGCACAUGUCCCCUUCACAAUCUGCAAACAAUGUCACAAAUUUCAUUGGAACGGCCUUCCUCCUUGCCCUCCUUGGAGGAAACGAAAAAUCUAAGACAUGCAAACUUGCAAUCCCAACGGAAAAGGGAGAAGGAUUGAUUUUGCUCACUGUACAAGCUCGCGUGCCUUCACUGAUGCCAACAGCAUGUGAGGCAGGCACCCCAUGCCAUGAAGUUGGCGGUGGAAAAGCAGCAAUGCUGUUUGCUGGGCUUUAUUUGGUGGCUCUUGGAGUUGGAGGAAUUAAGGGGUCACUGCCAUCACAUGGUGCUGAGCAAUUUGAUGAGAGCACCCCUUCUGGAAGGAGGCAACGAUCAACCUUCUUCAACUACUUUGUCUUUUGCUUGUCAUGUGGUGGCCUUCUUGCUUGUACAUUUGUAGUGUGGGUUGCAGACAACAAAGGGUGGGAAUGGGGUUUUGGAAUCCCUACUAUAAGCAUUUUUGUAUCUAUCCCUGUCUUCUUGGCAGGCUCUGCUACUUACAGAAGCAAGAUCCCUUGUGGGAGUCCACUUUCAACCAUUUUCAAGGUACUACUACUAAUUAACAAGGGGUUCGUACUAGUUGCUGCUUCAGUAAAUGGUAAUGAAAACAAGGAAAAGGAAGCCCCAACAGAAACCCUCAAAUUUCUCAAUAGAGCAGUUGAAAAAAACCCGAAGUAUUCAUCACUAGAAUGCACUGUGGAACAAGUGGAAGAUGUCAAGAUAGUGUUGAAAGGACUACCCAUGUUUGCUUGCACCAUUAUGCUAAACUGCUGUCUGGCUCAACUGAACACUUUCUCUGUUGAGCAAGCUGCAACUAUGAACACCACACUUGGUUCCUUAAAGGUUCCACCAGCCUCCUUAUCAGUUUUCCCAGUGCUCUUCAUCAUGAUCCUGGCACCAAUUUAUGACCUAAUCAUUGUCCCAUUUGCAAGAAAAGUGACCAAAACUGAGAUGGGAAUCACUCACCUCCAAAGAAUUGGAUUUGGAUUAUUCCUCUCUAUAUCUUCCAUGGCAGUGGCCGCAGUUGUUGAAGUAAAGAGGAAAAGGGUAGCCAUUUACUCAGGCCUUGUAGAUGAUACCACCAAACCACUACCCAUCUCAUUCUUAUGGGUUGCUCUUCAAUACUUGUUCCUUGGUUCUGCUGAUCUUUUCACCUUUGCUGGGUUGCUGGAAUUUUUCUUCACAGAGACACCAAUUAGGAUGAGAUCUUUGGCCACAUCACUCACUUUUGCCUCUUUGGCUAUGGGAUACUACCUAAGUUCAGCAAUCGUAUCAAUAGUAAACAGUGUCACUGGUAACACCUCACACAGACCAUGGUUAUCUGGGGCCAACCUUAACCACUAUCACCUAGAGAGGUUUUAUUGGCUUAUGUGUGUGCUAAGUGUGUUGAACUUCUUACAUUUCCUCUUUUGGGCUAUCAGAUACAAAUAUAAAGGGAUAGGAAGCACAGCUGAAAAAUGA